AUGGAACGACGGCGUUCUCUAGAUAAGCCGUAAGGUCAAAACACAUUACAAACUUACAACCGUUCCAUAUAUACGAGUCGAUAAACUUUGACUCUUCUGACUUCUCCCACCCAGACCGACCCAGUCAACCCUUCUUACCGCCUGGAGCUAUACUGUAACAUGCUUUCUCACCGCCUCUGCUUUUCUCUCUCACCUUCCGACCUCAAACGCUCCAUUCCUAUCUCGCGCGUUCCACUACACCCUCUAUAUGUCGCUCAAGUGCGCCCAUAUCAAGUUGCACUCGCAGCAAAUAAUGCCAUUAAUGGGACAGAAAAUGGCGCCGUUCGUUUCAAAGAGAGCGGUGAAGCUUCGGAUGAGGAAGCGUCUCUUCCGGCGGGGCUCCGGCAGGAUCUGAUGCCGAACCACGUGGCAGUUAUAAUGGACGGGAAUAGACGGUGGGCUCGGACGAGAGGGUUGCCUGUGGCUUCGGGUUAUGAAGCGGGCGUUCAGGCUCUGAGGAGAUUGGUGAAGCUUUGCUGCAAGUGGGAGAUUAGGGUUCUCACCGUUUUCGCUUUCUCAUUGGAUAAUUGGUUUCGACCCAAAGUAGAAAUUGACUUUUUGAUGGGCUUAUUCGAAAAUGGACUGAAUAGUUUACUUGAAGAAUUUGCAAGAGCAGAGAUUCGUAUAUCUGUAAUUGGAGACUCCACUAAGCUCCCCAAGCCAUUACUGCGAGUGCUAAGCAAUGCAGUGGAUUCAACAAAAAAUAAUUCACGGCUUCAUCUCAUUGUGGCAGUUAGUUAUAGUGGGCAGUACGACGUUGUACAAGCUUGUCAAAGCAUAGCCCAAAAGGUAAAGGAUGGUAAGAUUGAGCCCAAAGAUAUCGAUGGCUUUCUAAUUGAGCAGGAACUACAAACGAGCUGUACUCACUUUCAGUACCCUGAUUUAUUGAUUCGAACUAGCGGGGAGCUUAGAAUUAGCAACUUCAUGCUCUGGCAGUUGGCAUACACAGAACUGUUUUUUUCGCAAUCGCAUUGGCCUGAUUUUGGAGAGGCCGAGUUUUUAGAGGCAUUGUACUCUUUCCAGCAAAGGCAGAGAAGAAGUUAUGGAUCUAGCAAAUGGAUGGCCAACCUUAUGGUAUUUUGUUUAUCAGCUACUCAACCCUAGAUGGCUAUCUCAAUUGUUAUACCAUGGACCAGAGUUCAUAUUGCAUUGUGAACUUUGGUCCAAAAAUUAUGUGUCUGCAAUUAACACACUGUAGUUAAUAAUUUCUGUACAUGUAAACACAUUGAAGACACAUGAUAAUUACAUAACUACCGACACAAAUUGUUAACUGCAAUUACAAAAUAGGUUGACUACAACUUAACAUGUUAUGUGUCGGCAGUUAAUAUAUUCUGUACCUAUAGCUAAUAGUUUAUGUGUCCGUAAUUAUCAUGUUAUGUGUUUGUAAUUAGUGAGGUUAUCAUGUUAUAUGUCUGUAAUUAGUAGUUACCCAACUGUUGGUACAGAAUCUGAAGAUUAUUUUAAUGUAAGGUAGACUCUGAUCCAUGAUAUAAUUUGCCGGCUAUCCUA